UUUGUUUCUCCUCCUCCCUGCUUGCUGGUCUCGGAAGAUCCGCCGGCCAGAUGACAUCUGGCGAUCGUGGAGACGGCCAGCUGCGUAUAUAACUGGGCAGCGUCGCCCGUUCGCUGGACCAGAACCUCCUCUUCCUCCAACAGCCUCGACAAUCCAAGCCGCCGCCUCCAACAAGAGCCACGCCAAUCAAGCCUUUCUCACAACAUCAACGCCAACACAACCAACUUCUUUUCAAGAUGUUCUUCACUGCUGCUGUUCUUGGCCUUGCCGGCGCCGCUGUUGCCGCUCCCGCUAACAUCGUGCCCAACUACCCGCCUCACCAGCUGUCCACCGGCUUCCGCCUCGUCGUCAACGUCACCGACAAGGCGCUGGAUCUCAAACCCUCCGUCCAGGGCCUGUACGUCGACAGCAUCCACGUCGGCGCUGGCCUCAACGUGGCCGGUGUUGGACCCAAGGACACGUCCAACAUCUUCUACCAGAACGGCACCGCCGCCGAGUACCGCUACGGCAGAGCCACCACCAUCACCGACGAGGCCACUCCCCUCUCUCCCUUUGGCCUCUCCCUGAGCAAGAACCCCGGCUCUGAGACGCUCUCCUCCGCCUACAUCAACGGCGGCGCUGGCACUCCCGGCGUCCAGAUCUCUCAGUUCCCCGAGCCAUACCUGUUCCUCACCCCCGAGACCUUUGUCAUCUGCAACACCCCCCUCGAGUACUACCAGGGCCGGAAGUUCCUCGUCGUCGAGCAGGCCGCCACCACCGUCAGCUCCGACGGCAAGAUCGAGAAGAACAUCCCCGCCGGCUGUGCUCCCGUCCGCCUCCUCCCUGAGUGUGCUACUCUCGAGACCCUCCCUGCCGGAUCCUACGCCAGCCACGAGUUUGCCCUCGAGACUGGAUGCUACGCUGAUGUUGCCUCCAUCAACUGGAGCCUGUACGGCCCUUAAACGUGUGCUCUUUCUUUGCAUUUAGAAGCGAAUACCACCCAUCUUAUUGAUCGAGCUUUGUUAACGGCGUUGGAAGCGACGGAUAUAAUGGUGCUACAGUGCUGAAUUGCCUAGAUCUAAAGGCGUAUAAAGUAAUGUCUUAAUAUACACAGUAAUACAUUAUACUACCUAUAUACUCUUUGUAUUUUCAUUUCCCCCUCUCUUUGUAGAUAGGUAGUCUCACAUAAACUGCAUUGAUUGUAUGCUUUCUGUGCCUUGAAAUUCGGCCACUCGGAUGUAAGCUCAAAUGUGGAAACGGUAUAUUUCCCAUUUCGGACAUCAAGGUUUACAAGGGUUCCAAAGAGGGUUAAGAAAAUGCUGCCAAGU